CCGAGUUCCUUUUCUCCUUCUUUCUCCUUUGCUAGGUUUAAUUGAUAUUCCUUUCUUCUUGGAUCCAGCUCCAACGCUAAAAACCAUAUACUCACAAUGGCCGCUCUCCUCUCCACCUCUGCCCGCGUCGCCCUGCGCUCUGGAGCUUCGGCUUCCUUCAAGGCCGGAGCUGCGGGUUUGACUUUCGCCCGCGGCAAGGCCACUCUUCCUGACUUGUCCUACGACUAUGGCGCCCUUGAGCCCUCCAUUUCUGGAAAGAUCAUGGAGAUCCACCACAAGAACCACCACAACACCUAUGUCACCAACUACAACAACGCCAUUGAGCAGCUCCAGGAGGCCCAGGCCAAAGGUGACAUCUCUGCCCAGAUUGCCCUGAAGCCCGCGAUCAACUUCAACGGUGGUGGUCACCUGAACCACUCCCUCUUCUGGGAGAAUCUGGCUCCCAAGAGCGCAGGCGGUGGUGAGCCCCCCUCCGGCUCCCUCAGCCAGGCCAUCGACAGCACCUACGGUAGCUUCGAUGAGUUCAAGAACAAGUUCAACACCGCGUUGGCCGGCAUUCAGGGCAGCGGCUGGGCCUGGCUCGUCAAGGACACGCAGACCGGCCAGAUUGGUAUCCGCACCUACGCCAACCAGGAUCCCGUUGUUGGCCAGUUCCAGCCCCUUCUCGGUGUUGACGCCUGGGAGCACGCCUACUACCUCCAAUACCAGAACCGCAAGGUCGAGUACUUCAAGGCCAUCUGGGAGGUCAUCAACUGGAAGGCUGUUGAGAAGCGCUUCUCUUAAAUGGCUUCUCGUACACUGACGUAUCAAAACCACCACUUGAGAGUACCACUGUGUGUUAACGUGCCAAUCUGAAUUCAGACAUCUACCAUGUAUCAUAAAUUUACAUAGCUAUCUAAAAUUAAUGAUGGUAGCCUGGCCACUAAAGUGCUGAAAAUACCAAACAUGUAUAUAGUAGAAAUGGCAUAUUUUGGCCCC